GUGGUUGGGGGAGGGAUGGCGGCAGCUUCGACGGAUUCGGGACAAGGGUCCACCAAGAUCACCCCCGAGGCGCUGCGCGAGAUGCUCCAGCGGUACAACCUGAGCCGCCAGGAGUUCAUCAACACGUACCAGAUCCAGCCGCUCGUCUACAUCCCCGAGCUGCCGUACAGCGCCAAGACCACCUUCGUCAUCAUGUACGUGGUGAUUUUCCUGCUGGCCCUGGCUGGAAAUAGUUUGGUCAUCUACAUAGUUGUGAAGAAACGCGCGAUCCAGACGGCGACCGAUAUUUUCAUCUGCUCUCUGGCGGUCAGCGACCUGCUCAUCACUUUCUUCUGCAUCCCGUUCACCCUGCUGCAAAACGUCUCGUCCCAGUGGUUCGGAGGGGUUUUGGUUUGCAAGGCAGUUCCCUUUGUGCAGACCACAGCCAUAGUGACGGGCAUCCUCACGAUGACCUGCAUCGCCGUCGAGAGAUACCAGGGCAUCGUCUUCCCGCUGAAAAUGAGGAGACAGUACUCGUCCAAAAGAGCGUACAAUAUGCUAGGCUUGGUGUGGACCGCUUCGGUGAUCGUGGGUUCCCCAAUGCUGUUUGUGCAACAACUAGAGGUGAAGUACGACUUCUUGUAUGAUCACUACCACGUGUGCUGCCAGGAGAGCUGGCGCUCUCUCACUCACAGGCAGGCGUACACCACCUUCAUCAUGGUGGCUCUUUUCCUGCUCCCCCUGGCAGCUAUGCUCUUCCUGUACACGCGGAUUGGCAUUGAGUUGUGGAUCCGCAAGAGGGUUGGCGACUCGUCGGUCCUCAGCACCAUGAACCACCGGGAAGUCAGUAAGAUCUCCAGGAAAAAGAAGAGAGCCGUUAAAAUGAUGAUCACCAUUGUUCUGCUAUUCACCGUUUGCUGGGCCCCGUUCCACACGGUCCACAUGCUCUUUGAGUACCACGACCUGGAAGUCAAAUACGACGGAGUCACGCUAAACAUGAUCAUCGCCGUCGUCCAGGCCAUCGGCUUCUUCAACAGUUUCAACAACCCCAUCGUGUACGCCUUCAUGAACGAGAACUUCAAGAAGAGCUGCGUCUCCACCCUCUCCCGAUGCCUGCGCAAGCCCAACCUGCAGCGCGGCGCGGCGGUGGUGCCGAAGGCGAGCGUGCAGUUCAUCAAACCCCGGAGCAGAGAGGCCUUCCCGGAAUCGGGCGAGGGAGACGGAGCGAACCAGCUCUCGGCAGAGAAAGGGCCCUCGACUUCGUUGCAAGGAAAGAGCACGUUGGAAAGAAACGAGAGAGAGAAAGCCUCCACCAUCCAAACGGACCUCGCCGCCAACAGCUCCUCUCAGGUCAAAUGAGAACGGCCUCAAGGUUCAAACGACCGAACGCGGCCCCCCCCCUCCCCACCCACGCCCCGGCUUUUCGGCUGCCAAGGGGUUAGGGUUAACCCUAAGAGCGCGAAAGGUGUGAUUUUUAAAUCUCCCAGCUGUGGCACAAAGAGUCAAAAGGUCUCCCUGUGCGGCCAGAGCUUGUUGUUCAUUCCGGUCAGGAGAACUGCCGGAUGGAAACGGGGGAACACCAACGAGCGGUGGUUUUGCUGCCCUCGGGACAAUCGGGAUCCGGGUUAAACACCAUUUAUUUUAAUCAAUUCUGUUCAGAGCUGUCGGUCAAAUCUUUAGGACGCGUGAACUUUUGGUGAGUCGUUUAACUCCUUCCCAAAUGAAGCAGGAACUGCUGGCGAUGCUGUGAUGAUGCGCCGAGAGCUUAUUGGAAAGGACACUUUUACGCCUUUUAAUUAAGUUCACUGUUAAAUGCGUUUAAAUCAGCAUGAAACUCAAUUCAGUUCGGUUUCAAUUACACUGUAAUUAGGAUGCCUUCCAUCCUACAUAACAUUUGAAAUCUUUAGGAGAAGAGAGAUAACUACAUCAUGAAACUCAUAUAACCCACUUCACACAAGGGGUGAAAUCUGUGCAGUUGGACUCCAUACAGUGCUUAAAGCCGUCUAAACAUCCAACGCAUUGUGUAGUUAAUUCAGGCCCAUGUCUGUGUGAUGACAAAUUCAAUCACGACAGGAAUCGAAGCCUCUCCUUCAAUCACUAAAUUCAAAUGAACAGCGAUUUCACUCAAACAGGAAGGAAUUGUGGCAUUUUACACACAAAGGACAAUGCUAGUUUUAAUGUGUGCGCUAUUUGUUGCUUUUAGAUAUCUUUGUAACCCCCAUAUCUGGACUUCUGUGAACGUUAUCAUUUUGGUCUUUUGAGUCAGUAACUCCUUGUGGAAUACAGUAUGUUUGGUAUAACCAACUUUAUUUAUAGUUCUGUACAGUGUGCUUUUAAAAGUGGAAAUCAUCACUGUUCAUUUUGUGUUUGGUUGUUUAUGAUCACUGGAUUAGAAUGUCGUUGAGCUCCGUUGUCGGCUUGUGUUCCACGAUUACUUCUUAAAGGCUCUGCUUGAAAAUGAGGUCAUAAUCCCGCUGGUAUAUAAAAUUAUGGUCUGGUAAAAUAA